GAUCAAAGACAUACAGACGCAGAGAUGUGUCUGGGCUGCCCGUGCAAAUUCUGCACCCGUCCAAAGUGAUGCGUGGCAAGCCUAAAGCCUUUUGGAAAGAUGUUCUGCGUGUGUGGGAGCGUGAGAUUCCAAAACCAGACUUUGCCGUUCACCACGCAGCAAAGGCUGUCCGGCUGCUGCCUAAAGUCAACUUCACUGGCAUGCCGCCAAAGCAUCCAGUCCUCAUGAACCUUCUGAAGAGAACAAAGGUGUGGUCAAUGUGCCAGCAAUUUUGA